AUGAGCGCCUCGAGCGCCCUGGCCUCGACCAGGUCGCGGCACAACGCCGCGGAGUUGCGCACCAGGUUGCCCAGCGCCGCCGCCGCGUUGGCCCUCGUCUUGUCUUCCUCGUCGGAUAACAAAUCCACCAGCGGGCUGAUCGCGUCCGCGAGCUUGUCGUACAGCGCGUCGCUGUGGAACCCCGCGUUGCCGAUCGCGAAGCACGCGAACUUGCGCGUCGUGCGAUCGGGGUCCGCGCAUCGAUCGAUGAGCGCGUCCAACGCGCCCACCGCGCGAAAGUUUUCGUAAAAGUAAUCGUUGUGCCGGCACACGUUCCCGAGGAGGUUGCACCCUCGCGCGCGCACGCCCGCGUCCGCGUGGGAGAGUAAGCGCUCGACGGGCGAUAAGACGUCCGCGCGCGCGAUCGCGGCGUAGUGCCGCGCGCUGAUCCGCGCGAGCUGCGAGAUGGCGAGCAACGCGUCCACGAGCACGCUCGCGUCGUUCCGCGGAUCCAACAGCGUCUUCGUCAGCGACGGGUCUAACCCGCCGGCUUCCAAAAACUGCUGCGCGUACGACGGCGACCGCAAGACGAGCUGCGAGAGUAACCCCACCGGCGCGAUCAGCGCGUCGCCGCGCAGCCCGACCACGGCCUGCACGAGCGACACGACCACGGACUCGCUCAGGAGGCACUCCUGGUAGCGCUGGAGCGACGCGUCGGUAUUCGCGGCGGGCGCGCCCGGAGCCACUGGUAUCGGGUGCUCGAACGGCAGCCGCAACAGCCGCGACGCGUCGACGACGAUGUCCUCCCUCUCGCGCCCGCUCACGCCGUUGCCGCCGUUCGGCCGCGCGGGGUCUAACGCCGCGGCCGCGGC